GGGGCACGUUCAGGGAGGGCGCCGGGGCACGCGAGUGUCUAAGCUGCCUUUCUCCUCCGGUUGCUAGGGAAAUGGUCCAGGAGUGCCGGCUGUGAGCUUCCCCUCUCGUCAAGCCUGAGACUGCGGUUGUCAUUGAUCAACUGAAGAAGCAGGACCCGAAAUUACAGACAUUAGCAAUGAUGUGUGAAGUGAUGCCCACGAUUAAUGAGGACACCCCAAUGAGCCAAAGGGGGUCCCAAAGCAGUGGCUCAGACUCAGACUCCCAUUUUGAGCAGCUGAUGGUGAAUAUGCUAGAUGAAAGGGACCGUCUUCUAGACACCCUUCGGGAGACCCAAGAAAGCCUCUCACUUGCCCAGCAAAGACUGCAGGAUGUCAUCUAUGACAGAGAUUCGCUCCAGAGACAGCUCAAUUCAGCCCUGCCACAGGAUAUCGAAUCCCUAACAGGAGGGCUGACUGGUUCUAAGGGGGCUGAUCCACCGGAAUUUGCUGCACUGACAAAAGAACUCAAUGCUUGUAGGGAACAACUUCUAGAAAAGGAAGAAGAAAUUUCUGAACUGAAAGCUGAAAGAAACAACACAAGACUGUUACUGGAGCACUUGGAAUGCCUGGUGUCACGACACGAAAGGUCGCUAAGAAUGACGGUGGUAAAACGGCAAGCCCAGUCCCCCUCGGGAGUGUCCAGUGAAGUCGAGGUUCUCAAGGCACUGAAAUCUUUGUUUGAGCACCACAAGGCCUUGGAUGAAAAGGUAAGGGAGCGACUGAGGGUUUCUUUAGAAAGAGUCUCUGCACUGGAAGAAGAACUAGCUGCUGCUAAUCAGGAGAUUGUUGCCUUGCGUGAACAAAAUGUUCAUAUACAAAGAAAAAUGGCAUCAAGUGAGGGGUCCACAGAAUCAGAACACCUUGAAGGGAUGGAACCUGGUCAGAAAGUCCAUGAAAAGCGUUUGUCCAAUGGUUCUAUAGACUCAACUGAUGAAACUAGCCAAAUAGUCGAACUACAAGAAUUGCUUGAAAAGCAAAACUAUGAAAUGGCUCAAAUGAAGGAACGUUUAGCAGCACUCUCUUCCCGAGUGGGAGAGGUGGAACAGGAAGCAGAGACAGCAAGAAAGGAUCUCAUUAAAACAGAAGAAAUGAACACUAAAUAUCAAAGGGACAUUAGGGAGGCCAUGGCACAGAAGGAAGAUAUGGAAGAAAGAAUCACAACCCUUGAGAAACGUUACCUCAGUGCUCAGAGAGAAUCUACCUCCAUACAUGACAUGAAUGAUAAAUUAGAAAAUGAGUUAGCAAAUAAAGAGGCCAUCCUACGGCAGAUGGAAGAGAAGAACAGGCAGUUACAAGAGCGUCUUGAGCUGGCUGAGCAAAAGUUGCAGCAGACUAUGAGGAAAGCUGAGACCUUACCUGAAGUAGAGGCUGAACUGGCUCAGAGAAUUGCAGCUCUGACAAAGUCUGAUCCAACCUCUUCUACCUCAUCUGAUGAUUAUCAAUAUGUUAUGGAAGCUAAACUACAAGAAAUGAUCUCCAUACGUAGGAAGGCUGAAGAGAGACAUGGAAACAUUGAAGAACGCAUGAGACAUCUAGAAGGUCAACUUGAAGAGAAAAAUCAAGAACUUCAAAGGGCUAGGCAAAGAGAGAAAAUGAAUGAGGAGCACAACAAAAGACUAUCUGAUACGGUGGACAGACUUCUGACUGAAUCUAAUGAACGCUUACAACUACAUUUAAAGGAAAGAAUGGCUGCCCUAGAGGAGAAGAAUGUUUUAAUUCAAGAAUCAGAAACUUUCAGAAAGAAUCUGGAAGAAUCUUUACAUGACAAGGAAAGAUUAGCAGAAGAAAUUGAAAAGCUGAGAUCUGAACUUGACCAAUUGAAAAUGAGAACUGGCUCUUUAAUUGAACCCACAAUAUCAAGAACUCAUCUAGACACCUCAGCUGAGUUGCGGUAUUCUGUUGGAUCCCUAGUGGACAGCCAGACUGAUUACAGAACAACUAAAGUAAUAAGAAGACCCAGGAGAGGUCGCAUGGGUGUACGACGAGAUGAGCCAAAGGUGAAAUCUCUUGGGGAUCAUGAGUGGAAUAGAACUCAGCAAAUUGGAGUGCUAAGCAGCCACCCUUUUGAAAGUGACACUGAAAUGUCUGAUAUUGAUGAUGAUGACCGAGAAACUAUUUUUAGCUCAAUGGAUCUUCUCUCGCCAAGUGGUCAUUCUGAUGCCCAGACUCUAGCCAUGAUGCUUCAAGAACAGUUGGAUGCCAUCAACAAAGAAAUCAGGCUAAUUCAGGAAGAAAAAGAAUCUACAGAGUUACGUGCUGAAGAAAUUGAGAAUAGGGUGGCUAGUGUGAGCCUGGAAGGCCUGAAUUUAGCAAGGGUCCACCCAGGUACCUCUAUCACUGCCUCGGUUACAGCUUCUUCGCUGGCCAGUUCAUCUCCCCCCAGUGGACACUCAACGCCAAAGCUCACCCCGCGAAGCCCUGCCAGGGAAAUGGAUCGGAUGGGAGUCAUGACACUGCCAAGUGAUCUAAGGAAACAUCGGAGAAAGAUUGCAGUGGUGGAAGAAGAUGGUCGGGAGGAUAAAGCAACUAUAAAAUGUGAAACUUCUCCUCCCCCUACCCCUAGAGCCAUCAGGAUGACUCACACCCUUCCCUCCUCCUACCACAAUGAUGCCCGAAGUAGUUUAUCUGCCUCCCUUGAGCCAGAAAGCCUUGGGCUUGGCAGUUCCAAUAGCAGCCAAGACUCUCUUCACAAAGCCCCCAAGAAGAAAGGAAUCAAGUCUUCAAUAGGACGUCUGUUUGGUAAAAAGGAAAAAGCCCGACUCGGGCAGCUCCGAGGCUUUAUGGAGACUGAAGCUGCUGCUCAGGAGUCCCUGGGGUUAGGCAAACUUGGAACUCAAGCUGAGAAGGAUAGAAGACUGAAGAAAAAGCAUGAACUUCUAGAAGAAGCUCGGAGGAAGGGAUUACCUUUUGCUCAGUGGGAUGGGCCCACUGUCGUUGCAUGGCUGGAGCUCUGGUUGGGAAUGCCCGCUUGGUAUGUAGCAGCCUGCCGAGCCAACGUGAAAAGUGGUGCCAUCAUGUCUGCUUUAUCAGACACUGAGAUCCAGAGAGAAAUUGGAAUCAGCAAUCCCCUGCAUCGCUUAAAGCUGCGAUUAGCAAUCCAGGAGAUGGUUUCCCUAACGAGUCCUUCAGCUCCUCCGACAUCCCGAACUCCUUCAGGCAACGUUUGGGUGACCCAUGAAGAAAUGGAAAAUCUUGCCGCUCCAGCGAAAACGAAAGAAUCUGAGGAAGGAAGCUGGGCCCAGUGUCCGGUUUUUCUACAGACUCUGGCAUAUGGAGAUAUGAACCACGAGUGGAUUGGAAACGAAUGGCUUCCCAGCCUGGGGUUACCUCAAUACAGAAGUUAUUUUAUGGAAUGCUUGGUAGAUGCAAGAAUGUUAGAUCACCUAACAAAAAAAGAUCUCCGUGUCCAUUUAAAAAUGGUGGAUAGUUUCCAUCGAACAAGUUUACAAUAUGGAAUUAUGUGUUUAAAGAGGUUAAAUUAUGACAGAAAAGAACUAGAAAGAAGACGAGAAGCAAGCCAACAUGAAAUAAAGGAUGUGUUGGUGUGGAGCAACGAUCGAGUGAUUCGCUGGAUACAAGCAAUUGGACUUCGAGAAUAUGCAAAUAAUAUUCUUGAGAGUGGUGUGCACGGCUCACUGAUAGCCUUGGAUGAGAACUUUGACUACAGCAGCUUAGCUUUGUUACUACAGAUUCCAACACAGAACACCCAGGCAAGGCAGAUUCUUGAAAGGGAAUACAAUAACCUCCUGGCUCUGGGAACUGAACGGCGGCUGGAUGAAAGUGAUGAUAAGAAUUUCAGGCGUGGGUCAACAUGGAGAAGACAGUUUCCUCCCCGUGAAGUACACGGAAUCAGCAUGAUGCCUGGGUCCUCAGAAACGUUACCAGCUGGAUUUAGGUUAACCACAACAUCUGGGCAGUCGAGGAAAAUGACAACGGAUGUUGCCUCAUCAAGACUGCAGAGGUUAGACAACUCCACUGUUCGCACAUACUCAUGUUGACAAGCCACUCAAAGGAGGCAGCACUGACUUGCUAUGUCGUCUUUUCAGCCUACUCUACCUAAAGUGCACUACCAUCUAUGAAGACAAACAGUAAAACCUUUGUGAAGACUGAAUUCUAAGGAAAUAACCACCAGUGGUUUAUUAUGCUGAAAAUGUGAUUUUGGGGGAGUCAAAUAUUAAGUUUGAUUAGUUUACUACAAUUGUAAGAAAAUGCUUAAGUCAUUUGAAUAAUAAGCAUCAUCCACGUCAUAAAUUCUGUACAACAGAUGCUUUUAUGAAAUGGAGCCACUCGUUUUUUCAUGUUUUAUUGUAAAAUACUAGGCAUUUAUGUAUUACUGUGUAUGUAUUUCUUUUUAAAUGUGUAAGUCUUAUGUAAAUGGAUAUAAAUAUGAUUUUUAAAAAAAUAAAAUAUAUGGUUCAUGGAGUCUCGAGUGCAAACAUUUGACAAUUCCAAGUACUGUUUGUAUUUUACCAUUCCACCAUUUUUACAGUUUCUGAAUUGUAACAGUCAAAUCGAUAUGUUUCUCCUUCAAGUCUGUCAAUACUUAAAGCUGAAAACCUGCCUCUGAUCAUGUAAAAAGGAAUGAUUUAACCUGGAACUGGAGCCAAAAAUAGUCCUUUAAAGGCAAUCAGGGAUGUCCUAUAUCUUUAGAAAUAGCACUGUGAUGGCUCGAUCUCCUUUUCAACACAAAACAAAGCUAAACUGUUUACAAGAGUCAAGAGCAAAUAUUUAAAAAAAUAAUUUAUAAGGAAUAAACAGCAUCUUCUCUUGUUAUCUGUGGACCAAGAAAAAAGAGAAAAAACAAAACAAAAAAAAAAACUUCUUUACUAAGAACCACAUGUUCAUCAGAUAUCUCGAACCGCCAGCCGGCACUGUUCAGUGAAUGUCAACCACUGCAGAGUCCGAGGCUCAUUUCCAUUGAAAAAAAACAAAAAACCCAGAAACCUUUCCCUUUUGUCAAUGUAACAGGGCAUUAGCCAGACUCAUGUCUAAUGUUAUAAGCUUCUAGCCAAGAUGGCCUUGUUGCGACUUCCCUGAAGUCAGUCUUAUCAGAGGAAAUAAAUGAAAGACAGAAUGAUUAACAUAUAUAGUGUAUAAAAGUAUAGAAGAGUAAUCUCUUCCCUGUGGCUUUAUUUGGUGGUGUUACUGUUGUUUAUUCUUUGUUUAUACGGGAGAUUUCAAAGUAAAACCUAUUUAAUAAUACCAUUUAUCUAACUGCUGAUUUUCUGCUGCUUGAUCUUAUGAAGCGCAAGACCUGUCAUUAGUAAUUUCCUUUUUGUAUUUAAUUUGCUGUUUGCACGUACAUUACAUUUGUUUUGAUGUCUAUUUUUGUUUAACAGAUUCAGUCAAAAGGUAAUGGUAACAGAAACCCUCUCCAUUGUCAAUAAAAAAAAAUACUUCCA